AUGGCAAAAACAACCAGGAGAGCGGGGAAAACCUCUGGGAAUAUGCCAAAUCAACCUCCUCCACAAGGUGUAGAAGAAGAUGAGCCACAGGUAGAGUUGGAAGAGAAGGAGAUGGAUUCUGAAACCCUGCAGACGACUUUGAUUCAAAGGGAGAUUGGCAAGCAUUGCCAAGAACUGAAUGAGGGGCAAGCUGACAUGGACCGUAGACAGAGGGAUGCCACUGCAUCCUUAGAAGUGGCCAUUCAAUUGGCACGAGGACAGCCUGUACCUGCCUCCCAACUGGAUCUGCCACCCAACACUCACCCUGAACAAAAUUCACAUUCAGAGCAUCCCCAGUAUCACCAUAAUCCACCACAACCAAGGAAUCCUCAAAGACCAAAGCAACCUCCUGCUACUCAACAGGAAAGACCAGUCCAAGAUCCUGAGCAGCGACCACCCUCUCGUGCUGGUCGAGAUAACGCACAGCAGCGAAGGUAG